AUGUUGUGCGAGCUUAUUGGCUGGCUGUUGCCCGGGCCCGUGCGGCAAUCUUGGCAACUCUCUACUCGGAGUCUCUCCUCUUGCAGUCUUUCCUGUCCCCUCAAUCACCCACCCACACCCACCCGUACUGCCACACUGACUGCACCAGAACACUCCUCAUCGACCGCUUACCUGGUAGCGAUUCAUUCAGGUCACUGA